GUCAUGUGCGUGGGCGUGCACGUCAUCUACACAGUGAACCUAUACGGCAGUGUGCUGAUCCUAGCCUUCAUCAGUCUGGACCGCUACCUUGCAGUGGUAAAAGCCACGGUAACCAGCACCACACACACCCGGCAGCUGCUGGCACGCAGGCUGGUGUAUGCUGGCGCUUGGCUGCCUGCUGGUCUCCUGGCCAUCCCUGACAUGGUGUUCGCUCGGACCCAGGAGGCAGGGGAGGGGGAGAUGGUGUGCACGAGGCUCUACCCACCGGAGAACGCCCCGCUGUGGGUGUCCCUGUUCCACCUGCAGACUGUGCUGGUGGGGCUGGUGGUGCCGGGCCUGGUGCUGCUGGUGUGUUACUGCGUGAUUGUGUCCAGGCUGACCCGCGGCCCUCUGGGUGGCCAGAGACAGAAGAGGAGGGCGGUGCGGACCACUGUAGCUCUGGUUCUCUGUUUCUUCCUCUGCUGGCUGCCGUACUGCAUUGGCAUUGCCGUGGAUGCGCUCCUCCGCUUGGAGCUGAUCCCUCGAGGCUGUACGCUGGAGUCAGGCCUGGGGGUGUGGUUAGCGGUGUCUGAACCAAUGGCGUACGCUCACUGCUGCUUGAAUCCGCUGCUCUAUGCGUUCCUUGGAGUGGGGUUCAAGAGUUCUGCUCGCCGUGCCCUCACACUUACACGCACCUCCAGCCUGAAGAUUGUCCCACGUAGACGAACAGGCGCCCUGACAUCCACAACGACAGAGUCAGAGUCAUCUAGUCUGCACUCCAGUUAACAGAGACAAUAGGCUAUAGCCUAAUAUUAUGUGUGUGUGUAUGUGUGUGUGUGUGUGUGUGUGUGUGUGUGAGAGAGAGAGUAAGGAGAAGUCUGCUGGUCAGUCGUUCUUUUUGUUUUGUCACCAUUCACUGUUGUUAUGGUAUUUAUGUAUGCUUUUUUAUGGCUCAACAUGUUUGUAAUAAAAUGUACAAAAACAUUA